AUGAGCCAGGACGUUGGGUUGCGCCUGCCCGGCAAAAGUAGAACACCCGUAACCGCAGCGCAGUACUUGUUCGAGCCUCGAGAUACAGAUCGUUACAUCGCCACGAAAAGAUGUCUGCGCGUCGAAUGCCAUCGAUAUCGGUUCAUUGACGCGGGUGCGCCGGGACACGAUCAACUGCGGAAGGAUCCCUCAGGACCAAACUUUCUGGCCCUUGUCACAGUCACCAUCUUCCAGACCUGUACGGAAAUUGAGCCAGCAGAUCUGGCUCGUCCUUCCCACGGACUCCGGGCCCAGAUUUGUAGCACGGAUGCUACAGUCUGGGACUGCCGAGAUGGCGUCCCGGAUCCCGUCAACCCAGGCCCCGAAGGCGGCACCCGGAGCCCCCGCUCUCGACAUGCCGCCCCGCAAAAGGAGGACUUGCCCGGCCGCUCCGAUGGCCGGCCGCUGAUGUGA